UUUGUCACACACCAAAACAAAACACAAUGUCAAAUUGAGCUACAAAAACAUAUAUAAAAUGGUGUAUUGUUCUUCUCUCUCACCAUUCUUCCAUAUUCCAACUUUUUUGAUCCAACAAAGGAAACAACAAUUAUUAUUUAAGCCUCCUCCAUUUCUUCAUCAAACUAACCUUCCUUCUUCUUUAACUUUGAGUAGAAAAAAUCAUCUCAAAUGCUUCUCAAAACAAAAAGAAACUCAAUCUAUACAAGAAGAAAAAGAAAAAGAAGAAGAAGAAGAAGCAGCAGCAUUUCAAUUUGAGCGUUUGUUCUCAAACAUUAACCAAGCCACUUUAAAGAGAGAGCCUGGAAGCUUAUCUAGUGCAAUUUUCCUGGUUGCAGGAACUACAGUAGGUGCGGGGAUACUUGCUAUUCCUGCAGUGACACAAGAAUCAGGCUUUUUAGCAUCCACAGUUACUUGCAUUCUUUGUUGGUUAUUCAUGGUUGUUACAGGUUUGCUCCUUGCUGAAGUAAAUGUCAACACCAUGUGUGAUCUUGGUUCUGGCGGCGUAUCAUUGGUAUCUAUGGCUAGAAGAACUUUAGGGACAGUAGGAGUUCAAAUUUCAUGUUGGUCAUACAUCUUCAUCCAUUAUGCAGUUUUGGUUGCCUAUAUAGCUCGUUCUUCGGAUAUCUUGACAAAUUUUCUUCACAUUCCAAUAUGGGAAAGUGGAACUCUGAUUUCAUUGAUUUUUGGAGGGAUAUGCUUCUUUGGAAGCCAGCGCUUUAUUGGUGCAAUUAACGGAGUUCUAGUAAUUGGAAUCAUCGGUUUUUUUGUAGCUCUUGUGGCAGUUGCAAGUGGAAACCUUCAUUUGGAUGCUCUUUUAAAAGCAAACUUCCAAGCAGUUCCUAUGAGUAUACCAAUUAUUGCACUCUCAUUUGUUUACCAUAAUGUUGUACCUGUUCUUUGUACAAAUCUUGAAGGAGACUUGAUAAAAGUAAGGAGUGCAAUAGUACUAGGCACUGGUAUACCUCUUGUUCUGUUUCUUAUUUGGAAUGGUGUUAUCUUAGGAACUGUUGGUGACAAUCCAAUGGGAUUAGAUCCAUUACAACAGUUGAGAUCUUCAAAUGGAACAAUUGGACCUAUAGUUGAGGUCUUCUCAUUUCUUGCAAUUGCUACUUCUUACAUUGGAUUUGUUUUGGGUUUGACAGACUUUCUAACAGACUUGCUGAAUCUCCCAACAGGCCAGAACAGACCUCUUCCAUAUAUACUAACUUUAAUUCCACCACUUAUACUCUCAUUAUUGGACCCUGAAAUAUUUUUCAAAGCCUUGGACUUUGCAGGAACAUAUGGAGUGUUGCUGCUUUUCGGAGUUAUUCCGGCCGCAAUGUCAUGGUCUGAUAGGAACUCAAAUUCAUCUUCAUCUGCGAAACUACCUGAACUAGUUCCAGGAGGGAGGAUAACCCUACUAAUGGUGCUUGGUUGUUCAAGCUAUGUUAUUCUUUCUGAAUUAUUUGAGAACUUCCAGCACCUUUGAGAAAGCAUCAUCAUACGAAUAUAUUUUCUUACACCUUUUUGUCUGAUUCUGUUUGUAAUUAUUAUUAAAGCAUAUUAAAAGUUUUAUAGUGAAAAGUUAUAUACAAAUACUAUUCCAAUUUGAUAAAAUUUGAGCUCAAAUUCUUGUAACUUAUUUUGAUUUUUCUAUUAUUUUAAGUAUAUUUGAAGGGGUGUGUACAUAUUAUGAACUGUCCAUUUUGAAUCCAAUAAACUCCAUAACCAAAAGUAGUGGUUCAAUUGAGUUUCUCCAGCCUGGCAAAGAUAGUGGAUCAAUUUGCAUUUGAUUGCAAUGACCAAUUAUACUACAAUGGGACAAAACAUAUAUAUAAAUCUUGUCCUUGAUG